GUCGUAAAUUGGAUAAAGAAAAAUUUACAGCUAUUCAUGUUCACCAACAAUAUAAUAUACCUAAUCGUGGACAGGACAAUGGCAUUAUUAGUCACAAUGUUUCAUCAAAUAAACGUAAAGCAAUUGUUAUUCAUUCUGAAGGUUCAAGUGAAAGUGAACACGAAGAAAGCUCAAAAAUUGAUAAACUUGAAUACCAAGAAUGGUUGUUGGCAUUAAAGGAACAUGAACUAGCCUUAAGAGAAUGUGAAGCAAAAGUUCAUUCAGUUGAAUUAGCGAAUCUUGAAAAAGAACAAAGACUGAAGCCUACAAAUUAG